GUGGAAUUCUAGGAAAAGAAAAAGCCAUGGCUUCAGAUGCUGAGAUGGCCGAGUUCGGCCCCGCUGCCCCUUACCUGCGCAUGUCGGAGAAGUCAAGGAUUGAAGCGCAAAACCGGCCUUUCGACAUGAAGAAGGACGUUUUCGUGCCCGAUGACAAGGAGGAGUUUGUCAAGGCCAAGAUAACUUCCAGAGAGGGUGGCAAAGUCACCGCAGAAACAGAGAGGGGCAAGACGGUGACGGUGAAAGAAGACCUGAUCAUGCAGCAGAACCCGCCCAAGUUCGACAAGAUCGAGGACAUGGCGAUGCUGACCUUCCUGCACGAACCGGCCGUCCUCUACAACCUGAAAGAUCGCUACGGCGCUUGGAUGAUCUACACCUAUUCCGGGCUUUUCUGCGUGACCGUAAACCCCUACAAGUGGUUACCGGUCUACAACGCCGAGGUGGUUGCAGCCUACCGGGGGAAGAAACGGAGUGAAGCUCCUCCCCACAUUUUCUCCAUCUCGGACAAUGCCUACCAGUACAUGCUGACAGAUCGGGAAAACCAGUCUAUUCUGAUCACUGGAGAAUCCGGUGCAGGGAAGACGGUGAACACCAAAAGAGUCAUCCAGUACUUCGCCGUCAUCGCGGCCAUCGGGGACCGGUUCAAAAAGGAACAGUCGGCAGCCACGGGGAAGGGGACGCUGGAAGAUCAAAUCAUCCAAGCCAACCCGGCCCUGGAGGCCUUUGGCAACGCCAAGACCGUGCGGAACGACAACUCCUCCCGAUUUGGUAAAUUCAUCCGGAUCCAUUUUGGGGCGACAGGGAAACUUGCAUCAGCUGACAUAGAGACCUAUCUCCUCGAGAAAUCUCGGGUCAUCUUCCAGCUCAAGGCUGAGAGGAACUACCAUAUUUACUACCAGAUCUUGUCCAACAAGAAGCCAGAGCUCCUGGACAUGAUGUUGGUUACCAACAACCCCUAUGACUACGCCUUCAUCUCCCAAGGAGAGACCACCGUCCCAUCCAUCGAUGAUGCCGAGGAGCUGCUGGCAACCGAUAGUGCCUUUGACAUCUUGGGCUUCACCCAGGAGGAAAAGAACUCCAUCUACAAGUUGACGGGCGCCAUCAUGCACUUCGGAAAUAUGAAAUUUAAGCAGAAGCAACGUGAAGAACAGGCUGAGCCCGAUGGCACUGAAGAAGCCGACAAGUCGGCCUACCUGAUGGGGCUGAACUCCGCAGACCUCCUCAAGGGACUCUGCCACCCAAGGGUCAAAGUGGGCAACGAGUACGUCACCAAAGGGCAGAAUGUCCAGCAGGUGUGCUAUUCUACCGGGGCCCUGGCCAAGGCCGUCUAUGAGAAGAUGUUCAGCUGGAUGGUCAUGAGAAUCAACAGCACCCUGGAAACCAAGCUGCCGCGGCAAUAUUUCAUCGGGGUGUUGGACAUCGCUGGUUUUGAGAUCUUUGAUUUCAACAGCUUCGAGCAGCUCUGCAUCAACUUCACGAACGAGAAGCUCCAGCAGUUCUUCAACCACCACAUGUUCGUGCUGGAGCAGGAGGAGUACAAGAAGGAGGGCAUCGAAUGGGUCUUCAUCGACUUUGGCAUGGACCUGCAGGCCUGCAUCGACCUCAUCGAGAAGCCGAUGGGCAUCAUGUCCAUCCUGGAGGAGGAGUGCAUGUUCCCGAAGGCCACGGACAUGACCUUCAAGGCCAAGCUGUUCGACAACCACCUGGGCAAGUCGGCCAACUUUGGGAAACCCCGAAAUAUCAAGGGCAAACCGGAGGCCCACUUCUCCCUCAUACAUUAUGCCGGCACCGUGGACUACAACAUCAUCGGCUGGCUGCAGAAGAACAAGGACCCACUCAACGAGACGGUGGUGGGGCUCUACCAGAAGUCGGCCCUGAAGCUGCUGGCAAACCUUUUCGCCAACUACGCCGGAGCAGAUGCACCCAUCGAAACCACAAAGGGGAAGGGGACUCACAAGAAGAAGGGCUCCUCCUUCCAGACCGUGUCUGCUUUGCACAGGGAGAACCUCAACAAGCUGAUGACCAACCUGCGUUCCACCCACCCUCACUUCGUGCGCUGCAUCAUCCCCAACGAGACCAAGUCUCCAGGCGUGAUGGACAACCCCCUGGUCAUGCACCAGCUGCGCUGCAACGGGGUCCUGGAGGGGAUCCGGAUCUGCCGGAAGGGAUUCCCCAACCGGAUCCUCUACGGGGACUUCAGGCAGAGGUACCGCAUCCUGAACCCAUCUGCCAUCCCCGAGGGCCAGUUCAUCGACAGCAGGAAGGGAGCUGAGAAGCUGUUGAGCUCCCUGGAUAUCGACCACAGCCAGUACAAAUUUGGGCAUACCAAGGUGUUCUUCAAGGCCGGUCUCCUGGGGUUGCUGGAGGAGAUGAGAGAUGAGCGUCUCUCCCGCAUCAUCACACGCAUCCAAGCUCAGUCCCGCGGUGUUCUCGCUCGGAUAGAAUUCCGGAAGAUCAUGGAACGGAAGGAAUCUCUGCUGGUGAUUCAGUACAACAUUCGGGCCUUUAUGGUAGUGAAGAAUUGGCCUUGGAUGAGGCUGUUCUUCAAGAUCAAGCCCCUGCUGAAGAGUGCGGAGACAGAGAAGGAGAUGUUGGCCAUGAAGGAGGAGUUUGGCAAGCUGAAGGAGGCCCUGGAGAAGUCAGAGGCUCGGCGGAAAGAGUUGGAAGAGAAGAUGGUCUCCUUGCUUCAGGAGAAGAACGACCUCCAGCUGCAAGUUCAGGCCGAGCAAGACAAUCUUGCUGAUGCGGAAGAGCGCUGCGACCAGCUGAUCAAGAACAAAAUCCAGCUGGAGGCCAAAGCCAAGGAACUGAACGAGCGUCUGGAAGAUGAGGAGGAGAUGAACGCCGAGCUGACGGCCAAGAAGCGGAAGCUGGAGGACGAGUGUUCGGAGCUCAAGAAGGACAUUGACGACCUGGAGCUGACCCUGGCGAAGGUGGAGAAGGAGAAGCACGCCACGGAGAACAAGGUGAAGAACCUCACCGAGGAGAUGGCCGGCCUGGAUGAGAUCAUCGUCAAGCUGACCAAGGAGAAGAAGGCCCUCCAGGAGGCACACCAGCAAGCGCUGGAUGACCUGCAGGCCGAGGAAGACAAGGUCAACACCCUCACAAAGGCCAAGGUCAAGCUGGAGCAGCAGGUGGAUGAUCUGGAGGGCUCCUUGGAGCAAGAGAAGAAGAUCCGAAUGGACCUGGAGCGGGCGAAGAGGAAGCUGGAGGGCGACCUGAAGCUGACCCAAGAGAGUAUCAUGGACCUGGAGAAUGACAAGCAGCAGCUGGAAGAGAAACUGAAGAAGAAAGACUUCGAGCUCAAUGCCUUGAAUGCCAGAAUUGAAGAUGAACAAUCCCUGAGCAUCCAGCUGCAGAAGAAGCUCAAAGAGCUACAGGCACGGAUCGAAGAGCUGGAAGAAGAGCUGGAGGCCGAGCGCACGUCCCGGGCCAAGGUGGAGAAGCAGCGCGCCGAGCUCUCACGGGAGCUGGAAGAGAUCAGCGAGCGCCUGGAGGAGGCCGGGGGUGCCACCUCGGUGCAGAUUGAGCUCAACAAGAAACGGGAGGCCGAGUUCCAGAAGAUGCGGCGCGACCUGGAGGAGGCGACGCUCCACCACGAGGCCACGGCGGCCACGCUCCGCAAGAAGCACGCCGACUCCGCGGCGGAGCUGGGCGAGCAGAUUGACAACCUGCAGCGCGUGAAGCAGAAGCUGGAGAAGGAGAAGAGCGAGCUGAAGUUGGAGCUGGACGACGUGGCCUCCAACAUGGAGCAGCUGAUGAAGUCCAAGGCCAACCUGGAGAAAAUGUGCCGCACCUUUGAAGAUCAAAUGAACGAGCACCGGACCAAGGCUGAAGAGUCUCAGCGAAUGGUGCACGACCUCACCACCCAGCGAGCCAAGCUGCAGACGGAGAACGGGGAAUUAUCUCGCCAGUUGGAUGAGAAGGAGGCAUUGAUAAACCAGCUCACACGGGGGAAAUUGACUUACACCCAACAGUUGGAAGACCUGAAGAGGCAACUGGAGGAAGAAGCCAAAGCCAAGAACGCUUUGGCCCAUGCGCUCCAGUCGGCCCGCCAUGACUGCGACCUCCUGCGGGAGCAGUACGAGGAGGAGACGGAGGCCAAGGCGGAGCUGCAGCGCCACCUCUCCAAGGCCAACUCCGAGGUGGCACAGUGGAGGACCAAGUACGAGACCGACGCCAUCCAGAGGACGGAGGAGCUGGAGGAGGCCAAGAAGAAGCUGGCGCAGCGGCUGCAGGACGCCGAGGAGGCGGUGGAGGCCGUGAACGCCAAGUGCUCCUCGCUGGAGAAGACCAAGCACCGGCUGCAGAACGAGAUCGAAGACCUCAUGGUGGACGUGGAGCGCUCCAACGCGGCCGCCGCCGCCCUGGACAAGAAGCAGAGGAACUUCGACAAGAUCCUGGCCGAGUGGAAGCAGAAGUUUGAGGAGUCCCAGACGGAACUGGAGUCUUCCCAGAAGGAGGCGCGCUCGCUCAGCACGGAGCUCUUCAAGCUGAAGAACGCCUACGAGGAGUCGCUGGAGCACCUGGAGACCUUCAAGAGGGAGAACAAGAACCUGCAGGAGGAGAUUUCGGAUCUCACAGAGCAGCUUGGGGCCAGCGGCAAGAGCAUUCACGAGCUUGAGAAAGUGCGGAAGCAGCUCGAGGCGGAGAAGAUGGAGCUCCAGGCGGCUCUUGAGGAAGCGGAGGCUUCUCUGGAGCAUGAAGAGGGCAAGAUCCUCCGGGCCCAGCUGGAGUUCAACCAGAUCAAGGCCGAGAUCGAGCGCAAGCUGGCCGAGAAGGACGAGGAGAUGGAACAGGCCAAGCGCAACCACUUAAGGAUGGUGGACUCCCUUCAGGCUUCCCUGGACGCCGAGACCCGCAGCCGCAACGAGGCGCUGAGGGUCAAGAAGAAGAUGGAGGGCGACCUCAACGAGAUGGAGAUCCAGCUGAGUCAUGCCAACCGCGUAGCAGCGGAGGCUCAGAAACAAGUCAAAACUUUACAGGGGUAUCUCAAGGACACCCAGAUCCAACUGGACGACGCUGUCCGAGCCAACGAGGACCUGAAGGAGAACAUCGCCAUCGUGGAACGCAGGAACAACCUGCUGCAGGCCGAGCUGGAGGAGCUGCGCACCGUGGUGGAGCAGACCGAACGGGCCCGCAAGCUGGCUGAGCAGGAGCUGAUCGAGGCCAGCGAGCGCGUCCAGCUCCUCCACACCCAGAACACCAGCCUCAUCAACCAGAAGAAGAAGAUGGAGGCUGACAUCUCCCAGCUGCAGACGGAGGUGGAGGAGUCCGUGCAGGAGUGCAGGAACGCCGAGGAGAAGGCCAAGAAGGCCAUCACGGACGCGGCCAUGAUGGCGGAGGAGCUGAAGAAGGAGCAGGACACGAGCGCCCACCUGGAGCGGAUGAAGAAGAACAUGGAGCAGACGGUCAAGGACCUGCAGCUGCGGCUGGACGAGGCCGAGCAGCUGGCCCUGAAGGGCGGCAAGAAGCAGCUGCAGAAGCUGGAGGCCCGCGUGCGCGAGCUGGAGAACGAGCUCGAGGCGGAGCAGAAGCGCAGCGCCGAGGGCAUCAAGGGCAUGCGCAAGUGCGAGCGGCGCAUCAAGGAGCUCACCUACCAGACUGAGGAGGACCGGAAAAAUCUUAUACGCCUGCAAGAUCUGGUAGAUAAACUCCAGCUGAAGGUGAAAGCUUACAAGAGACAAGCGGAAGAGGCGGAGGAGCAGGCCAACAGCAACCUGGCCAAGUUCCGGAAGGUACAGCAUGAGCUGGAUGAAGCUGAGGAGCGGGCGGACAUCGCCGAGUCCCAGGUCAACAAGCUGAGGGCCAAGAGCCGGGAUAUUGGGGCGAAGAAAGGACUGAAUGAAGAGUAACUUCUUUGGAAAGCACAUGUCCCAUCUUCCUAUAAAAACACACACCUGAUUCCACACCUCAAAGGUGCUGGAGGACCCUUCCCCACUUCCCACGCUCUGUAC